AUGAGUAUGGAUUUACAACAUAUUUUGGGGUUCAGAGUAAAGAUUACAAAUUUGAUUGAUGGUGUGACAGAAGGUAAGAUAUAUUCAUUCAACUCUUCAAAUGGUACAAUAACUUUACAAACUGCCAAAAAAGGUAAUUCUAUAUUCUCGUUUAAGGUCAUUAAGUUCUCAUUCAUCAAACGAUUAGACGUCAUUGACAAACUAUCUCAAAAUAAUAUGUUAGGAAAACAACAAUUAAACCCGAAUUAUGUGAAUAUAGAAAGGAUUCGAAAUCUUUUAAGAGACGUUCUAGAUGAUCAAACCCCGUUUGUCGAAAACAUUGAUUAUCAGAUAACCCAUGAAGGUAAGACUAUAUUUGAUAUUUUGUCAAACACCCUUCCGCAAAUCGAAUGGAAAGGUAGAGACAUAAUUGCGCUGCAAUAUAUAAAAAUAUUGUAUCCAUACAAUAUCGAGAACAUUAUACAAUUGGAGGAAUCGGAUAAUAACAACUCACUUCAAUUGGUUAAAAAAAUAGUUGAAAGGGGUUGGACCCAAAUCAAAGAAGACAAUGGACGUAAAGGUGGUUAA